GACCAUUUUUACGCACUGACAGAACUGAGAGAGAGAGAGAGAGAGAGAGAGAGAGAGAGAGAGAGAGAGAGAGAUGUCUGGUUGGGACGAGGGAGGCGUUUACUACAGCGACCAGGCGCAGUUCCCUCAUGGAGGCGGCGGAGACCAGGCGGAUACGGCUAACCGCCACACGGCGCUGCAAAAAUUCAAGGAAUUCAUAAGGAAUUUCCAGCACAAGAGCCAGCCCAAUGUGUUUCCUUACAGAGAGGCUCUUUUGUCCAACCCCAAGUUCCUGCUUGUCAAUCUCGCCGACCUUAUCUCCUACGACCCCGACCAGACCCUCCCUCAGUUCCUGCGACAAAACCCAGCCGACUAUCUCCCACUUUUUGAAACUGCGGCAGCGGAAGUUCUGGCAGGUCUUAGAUCAAGGGUAGCUGGAGACACUGGAGAAAUGGAAGAGCCAGUGCCUGGGGAUGUGCAAGUGUUAUUGAGGUCAGAGCAGGAUCCUGUUUCAAUGCGGGCACUAGGGGCACAAUAUAUUUCAAAACUGGUAAAGAUAUCUGGGAUUGUCAUAGCAGCAUCCAGGACUAAAGCUAAAGCUACAUAUGUGACACUGUUGUGUAAGAAUUGCAAGAAUGUAAAGCUUGUUCCUUGUCGUCCAGGGCUUGGUGGAGCUGUUGUCCCACGAUCUUGUGAUCACAACCCUCAGCCUGGUGAAGAUCCAUGCCCAAUUGAUCCGUGGGUUGUGGUUCCAGAUAAAAGCAAGUAUGUUGAUCAACAGACACUAAAAUUGCAGGAAAACCCUGAGGAUGUCCCCACUGGAGAGUUGCCAAGAAACAUGCUUCUAUCUAUUGAUCGCCAUCUUGUGCAAACAAUUGUACCUGGAACAAGAUUGACGAUUAUGGGGAUAUACAGCAUCUUUCAAGCUGCCAAUUCAGCAACUUCUCAAAAAGGAGCAGUAGCUGUUAGGCAGCCCUAUAUUCGGGUUGUUGGAUUAGAGGAAACUUCUGAGGCUAAUUCUAGGGGGCCCACCAACUUCACCAGAGAUGAGAUCGAAGAAUUCAAAAAAUUUGCAUCAGAUAGUAAUGCAUAUGCUCAAAUAUGCUCCAAAAUUGCUCCCUCAAUAUUUGGCCAUGGUGAUGUGAAGAAGGCUGUUGCUUGCCUUUUGUUUGGGGGAUCAAGGAAGACUUUGCCUGAUGGUGUAAGAUUAAGAGGUGAUAUCAAUGUUUUGCUCUUGGGGGAUCCAUCCACAGCCAAAUCACAGUUUCUCAAGUUUGUUGAGAAGACUGCUCCAAUAGCUGUAUAUACUUCUGGAAAAGGCUCAUCCGCUGCUGGUCUGACUGCUUCCGUAAUUCGUGACAAUAGCUCACGGGAGUUUUAUCUGGAAGGAGGUGCCAUGGUCUUGGCAGAUGGUGGAGUUGUCUGCAUUGAUGAAUUUGACAAAAUGAGGGCAGAGGACAGGGUUGCCAUUCAUGAAGCGAUGGAGCAGCAAACUAUUUCCAUCGCUAAAGCAGGAAUAACAACAGUUCUGAAUUCAAGGACCUCUGUGCUUGCUGCAGCCAACCCUCCAUCUGGGCGUUAUGAUGAUCUCAUGACGGCUCAAGACAACAUCGAUUUACAGACCACAAUUCUUUCAAGAUUUGAUUUAAUUUUUAUUGUGAAGGAUAUCAGAAUGUAUGCACAAGACAAGAAUAUUGCCAGCCAUGUCAUCAAGGUUCAUGCAUCUGCUGAUGCAGCAAGUAGUGAUGCAAAGCCUUCCAAAGAGGAUAACUGGCUGAAAAGGUAUAUACACUAUUGUCGAACCGAGUGCCACCCACGUCUGUCAGAGUCUGCAGCAUCUAGAUUGCAAGAGAGUUAUGUAAAAAUUAGACAGGACAUGAGACGGCAAGCAAAUGAAACUGGUGAGGCGGCAGUAAUACCAAUUACAGUGAGGCAGCUGGAAGCUAUUGUGAGGUUAAGUGAAGCACUUGCUAGAAUGACACUGUCUCAUGUUGCAAAUGAUAACCAUGUCAUGGAAGCCAUAAGGCUCUUUAACAACUCCACAAUGGAUGCUGCACGUUCUGGAAUAAAUCAACAUAUAAAUCUUACUCCAGAACUGGCAAAUGAGAUAAAGCAAGCGGAAACCCAGAUAAAGAGAAGAAUGGGAAUAGGAAGCCAUAUAUCUGAGAGACGGCUGAUUGAUGAGCUUACCAGGAUGGGCAUGAAUCAAUCUAUUGUUCGAAGAGCUUUAUUAAUCAUGCAUCAAAGAGAAGAAGUAGAGUACAAGAGAGAAAGACGAGUGAUUGUCCGUAAAGCUUGAACCCUCGUGCUUGCUGUCCUGUCAUCUAAACCGUUCCUGGAAGAAUGCUUGUUCAUGAUGGUUUUUAUGUCUCUUGUAAGCAGAUGCGGCCAUCUGAUUAUGUAUAACACAUGUUCGUUCUAUGCAAUAGCAUGGGAUGAAGAGGGAAGGGGUUGUACUUGUAAUCUAAGGACCAUUAGAGGAAUGUAUGCGACUCACUUGGAGGGAAGCCAUUUGGUUAUUUCCCAGUUAAGAGAUUUCUUGUGAAUUUAGUCUUUGCUCUUUGUAUAUCUAAACAAAUAGAACGAGGGUUCAGUUUGCUUAAUGGUGAUAGCCUGGUACGUUUGGUACAAGGCAAUGGUCGUCGUUUUAUGA